AGUGCGGGCGAAGCAUGUGUAGGGCUCCGGGUCCCUGUCUCCGCCGCCGCCGCCGUCCGCGCCUCCCGCCGCUGGCCCGCCCCGGCCCCGGCCCGCGCCCCCGCGCCCCGCCGCCGGCCCCGCCGGCCCCCCGCGCGAGAUGAUGGACGGCCGCCUCCUGGAGCACCCGCAUGCCCAGUUCGGGGGCUCGUUGGGCGGCGUGGUGGGCUUUCCCUACCCGCUGGGCCACCACCACGUGUACGAGCUGGCCGGCCACCAGCUGCAGUCGGCCGCCGCCGCCGCUGCCGCCGCCUCGGUGCCCUUCUCCAUCGACGGCCUGCUCAGCGGCUCGUGCGCUGCCGCCGCCGCUUCGGUGGUCAACCCCACGCCGCUGCUGCCGGCCGCCUGCGGGGUGGGAGGCGACAGUCAGCCCUUCAAGCUGUCAGACUCGGGGGACCCGGACAAGGAGAGCCCGGGCUGUAAGCGGCGGCGUACCCGCACCAACUUCACGGGCUGGCAGCUGGAAGAGCUGGAGAAGGCGUUCAACGAGAGCCACUAUCCCGACGUGUUCAUGCGCGAAGCGCUGGCGCUGCGCCUGGAUCUGGUCGAAUCUCGAGUGCAGGUCUGGUUCCAAAACCGCCGGGCCAAGUGGAGGAAGAAGGAGAACACGAAGAAGGGCCCGGGGCGGCCGGCUCACAACUCACACCCGACCACGUGCAGUGGCGAGCCAAUGGACCCAGAGGAGAUCGCGCGCAAAGAACUGGAGAAGAUGGAGAAAAAGAAGCGCAAGCAUGAGAAGAAGCUGCUGAAGAGUCAGAGCCGCCACCUGCACUCCCCAGGCGGCUUGUCCCUGCACAGCGCACCCAGCUCCGACAGCGACAGCGGCGGCGGCGGUCUGUCCCCGGAGCCGCCGGAGCCGCCGCCGCCGGCCGCAGCAGCCAAGGGCCCUAGCGCGCACGCCGCCGGCGCCGCCGGUUCCGCGCCCGCACCUCCCGGUGAACCGCCCGCGCCCGGCACCUGCGAUCCCGCCUUUUACCCGAGCCAAAGAAGUGGCGCCGGCCCGCAACUGCGGCUAGGCCGCCCAGCGGACAAGGACGCGGCCCCGUGUGCGCCCGGGGCGGCGGUGGAACGUGGCGCCGCCGGCCUGCCGAAGGCCAGCCCGUUCAGCGUGGAGAGCCUGCUGUCCGACUCGCCGCCGCGCCGGAAAGCCGCCCCAGCUAACGCCGCCGCGGCCGCGGCAGCUGCCGCGGCCGCCGGGCUGGACUUCGCGCCCGGGCUGCCAUGCGCGCCGCGGACCCUCAUUGGCAAGGGCCACUUCCUGCUCUACCCCAUCACGCAGCCGCUUGGCUUCCUGGUGCCGCAGGCCGCGCUUAAGGGCGCAGCGGGUCCGGAGCCCGCGCCCAAGGACGCGCCGCCCGCACCCGCCGCGCCGCCCGCGCCGCCCGCUCAGGCCAGCUUCGGGGCCUUUCCGGGGCCCGGAGGUGCUCCGGACUCGGCCUUCGCGCGCCGCAGCCCUGACGCCGUCGCCUCCCCGGGGGCCCCGACCCCGGCGCCCUUCCGGGACGCGGCCGUGGCUGCGGCCGAGGGCGGCGGCGAGGAUUGCGCGGAUUCGGGGGCCGCCUGCCCAGCGGCCACACUGCCGCUCCCUCUUGCGCCGUCUCCUGCGCCGGGCCCGCGGGCUCCCAGCCCCGCUGGGGAGCCGGCUUUGUGCGGGGCCCCAGAGCCAAGCGCCGAGCCCGGACCCAGCGCGCCGGAUGGCGAAGAGGUGGACAUGGACUGAGGGGUGACGGGGCCGAGAGAGGCGCUCAGCCGGCCCGCGCCCCUCGCUCAGGCUCGACUCACACAACGAAAUCAGGUGAUCGGCUUAGAAACACUGCUUUUUCCUCUCCCUUCUGUUUUCUUCCUUUUAUUAUUACUUUUUUUUUUUUUUUUUAAAGAAAACCGCUGUAUCAAUUCGGACCUAGGCAGCAACCGCAGGACUUGGGGUGAGACCCCCCUCCUCUCGGGGGAGCAAAGAACAAAAACAAAAACCCCAUAUCACCCACAAAAACCCACAACAAGAAUCCUCAGCCUUGUAAAAUGCAAAAAUGUCUAAGAAUAUUUAUAUAUGUACCAUUUUUGAUAAAUAAAGCUGGUCAAACGCAA